ACUAAUCGGAUUAUGGGAAAGUUUAGCGUGUGCCUGUUUCUCUAUUCUACAUUGGUUUCUAUUCUAUUCUACACUGGUUUGGUGUGUGUGGUACUUUUAAUUUCUGUACUGUCUGUUUUCUCCCCGAAAUGAGGACCGGAAUUGUGUCUCAUCUCGAUGAUGAAAUUACAAAUCGGUGGAACUCUCUCGGUUUGAUUUGCUAAGGAGGACCUUUGACUGGUGAAUUCAAACGAAGAAAAAAACACCAAUAAUCUUCUCAUUUCGAAUGCGGACUACAAACCCGUGUUGCCUAGGUUGGUACUCCAGAGCGAGAGCAGAAAUAUGGUUUGAUGUUUAUUUCUCACGGAAUGCGGGAUGAUGGAGUUGAAAUAUUAACCGGGAAAUAUUCCCCAAAUGAGUCGGAGCGGCAGUUGGCCUGUUGGAUUACGUCAAAACUAUUUGCCAAACCUUCACUUUCAUUUAAUUUCCAGGCUCUUUACAAAGUUAAACUCAUAAUCCGCGUUGAUGUUGGCAAAAACAUCCAAGUGCGCCAGCCCACAUCCACCAUUCUUUCCCCCAAGGAGGACAGCCACCUAGGGGGUUCGAUGGUUCUGAUCACGGACGAGAGAGACGGAGGUGGCUCCUCUACUACGACCCGUGUCAACCAGUUGCAGCAGAGCACCAAAGGCGCCAGCGUUUUCGUCCAGGUCCACCCGACCAUAACCGCCGAACUCCCGCCCUUAUCAAACGACGACUCAUACCUCGGGUCCUGUGAGUCUGAGGGAGACGAGGACGAUGACUACGAGGAAUACGACGAUUUAUCGUUAUUACCAGACACCAAGAGUAUCGCCUCGGACGACUCAUUCUACCCACCGGACGAUGCGUUCGCGGACAACGAGCGGACCCCCUCCCCGCAGAGUCCCGAGCCGUUGUCGUUCUUCCAGGCGUGCUGCACCAACAAUGCCACGAUAGUCCGGAUCAUGAUCCGACAAGGUGUGAAGGAGGCGGAGGUGAGGGAGACGGAUAAAAACAACAGGACGGGGCUGAUGGUGGCAUGCUACCAGGGUUAUGUUGACGUUGUCAUAGCGUUGGCUCAGUGUUGUCACCUGGAUGUCAACUGGCAGGACACUGAGGGAAAUACUGCCCUCAUCACAGCUGCACAGGCAGGUCACAUAAUGAUCAGUAACUACCUGUUGAACUACUCCCCUGGUCUGGACAUAGAGAGGAGGAACUGUCAUGGCUUCACCGCUCUGAUGAAGGCUGCUAUGCAGGGCAGGGUGGAGUGUGUACGAGCCCUGAUGCUAGCAGGAGCUGACACGGAGGCGAGGGACUUUGGUCGUCAGCUGACCUCCAGAGAGUGGGCGUUUUUCACAGGACGCUACGACACCGCCUGGGCCAUGACACGUCUCCACUCCAGACCCUGUCCUUAUCAACUAUGUGACGCAUACAGUCCAGAGUGGCCCCAGCUGGCGUCUCUAGUAUCUAAGUCCCGGGAGCCUCGAGGCUGUAUGCAGCGUAUAUCAGACACCAUACGAAACGCUCUGACGUUUGCCAACAUCACAGAGCCUGACGACGAAGGAGUCUUAGAUCACCUAGUCACCGUGACAACAGCACUGGGGAGCCCCUUCGUGGCGAUGGCUUGUUCCACAGUGUGUCCGACAAGCCCACCUUGCGUGGGUAAACGUCGCUACUCCGUCCCAGAGAUCCUCCGACGCCAACGGGCCAAAGAACUGAAAACCCAGAACCCUGAGAGGCUCGACAACCACGGCAAACUCUUCCAGAACUCACGGGUCACUCUGGUGCCCAAACCUCCAAAGGACCGGCGGACCAUCCUGCUACCGCCGAACAAAAACCCCACCACGACUAACCCUACCCUCGGUAAGGUGUCUGGGGCUGGGACCUCUUCCUCCAUGGCCCUGAGAAAGACUAGCCUGCUGCCUCUGGGUAUGGUGAAGUAUAGCAGUGUGCGGCCGGGGAUGUCCAUUCCCAAGGUGAGAAUCUCUAAGGCCCCAACGCCGACCUUUGAACCUGAGAGAGUCCACAGGAAGAGCAGCUUUAAAGACGGAGGGGGCGACUUACUGCAGCUUCCCAAGUGGAGGUAUAAAGAAAUGAAGGAGGAGAGGAAGAGAGCAGAGGAGGCGGAGAGGAGGAGGGUGGAGGCGGCCACGAGGAGGCACCUGGGUUCCAGGAAGAGGAAAUGACAUCAUAGGAGGAAGUGAUGUCACUCCACCCUGUCCUCCACUGUAGCAGUUCAGAGUUUUUUUUUUUGGCUUUUUGAAGGAGUAAAAGUGACAGUGCUUUAUUUUGUAAUGCAUUUAAUUCACAAAAUCAUCAGUAUUUUUAUAGUGUGAUUUCUGUAUUACCUGACACUUACCCAGGAUACAAACCCAUAUGAUCUGACUGUGUACAGAUCAUGUUUCACUGAUAUAUCUGACACAUCACACGUUGAAACUUUAUUGCCUAAAAUGAUGAUACGAUACGCCUCGGGAAGGGUUAGCAUGGGACAAAUAUAAAGGGUUAAAAUAUUGCGUCGCCUAUACAACCGUUGAGUAAGCCUCCCAGUAUGUCAAACUGACUUAUCGUCAAAGAUUUUUCAAAAAUUAAAAAAAGAUAAGCAUUAUUUUUGUUACCAAUGGCAUUUGACUGACUUUUUUUAGAUAGGCACUGUGCUUUGAUAUGUUGAAAUGGCAUCUACUUUAUAUUGGCUUUUUGAAAGCUUUUCUAAUUCUGUGAAUGUAUUUUGCAUAUAGAUUGUACCUCAUCUGGUAUUUUUUUAUUAUGAGUAUACUAUAUAUAAAACUGUUUUUAUUUUCUACUAAAGUAGGCAUAUUUUGAGAAUGUGAAUGAAAUAAAGAAAUGUCUUAGAGCAAUAUUAUCUAUCAAAUGGGGGAAAACAAAGUAUAUCCUGAAAUGUUUACAUGUUAUGAAUGAGAUCAAAGUACUGCUACACUGACCUCAGAUCAGCAUCUAGGAGCACCUUCAUCAUGUGCUUUGUACAAACACACGUGUGUAUUCCGAUCAGACAGACGUCAUACUAUUGGUUGAGAAGUUCAACAGAAAAUAAUGGAUGAAAAUAAUGGGAGGUAGGAUCACAAAUGGCAACUGGAAGGUUUUGAUAUAAUAUGGUAUUAUUAUGGUAGGGAUUGAUAUAAUAUGGUAUUAUUAUGGUAGGGAUUGAUAUAAUGUAGUAUUAUUAUGGUAGGGAUUGAUAUAAUGUAGUAUUAUUAUGAUAGGGAUUGAUAUAAUGUAGUAUUA